AUGGGGGAGAGCCCCCUCUCCUGCCCUCCCUCUCCCCUGGGCAGCCAGGGAUCUGGCGGCAGGGUCGGGGUGGUGGAGUCCAACGUCCGGGACCUUCUGCUCCUGCGUACCCCGGCCGGCGGGGCACAGAGCGAGUGUUCACUAGAUUUGAAGAAGCAGCUUCUGCAUGAAUUCUUCCGCAAGACAAAAGGAAGACCAGGAAGACCCCCCCCCCCCCCGUAA